GCCCCGCCGCGCCCCGCCCCGCCGCGCAGACUUGGGUUUAGGGGACCGGAGGGGUCAGUGGCUCUUGUCACCUCCUCCGGCCAACUUGCUGCGAGCGCGGACGGGAAGACUGGCGGAGAGAGCCGCUGCUCUGGAGGGUUUCUGUUGGGCGCCACCGCCCGGGCGGCAGUCCGCGGCCGUUCACCCUCCGGGCUGCCCCUCCUUUAGGGGCCUGUCGCGAGUUCCGAGCGACCCGAAGAACUCCGGGCUCCCGACCCCGCCGCGGCCGCUGCGGCUCCCCGGGCCGCUCCUCGCUUCGUUGCAGCCCUCGCUUCCUCCGGCUCCGAUCUCGGGGAGUCGAGCGGAGCGGGGCAGCGCGGCGGAGAGUAGCGGAACGGCACGGAGUGAGCCAAGUUAAGUCCGCUCUAGCAAGAAGUCAGCGGGCCGAGCCACACCGAGCAGCGCGGAGCAGGGAGCGAGUGUCGCCUGCCACCAUGAAGCGGGACCGCCUCGGCCGCUUCCUGUCUCCCGGAAUAGCUCGGCAGCGCGGGGGUUCCGGCGGCGGCUGUGGAAGCGGUCGGACUCGGGGUCGCCCUUCUCGCAGCGGCGGAGUGAGCGCUGACGGGGCGGCUGCUCAGCUCAGCUGGGGCUCGACGACGCGCUCCUGCGGGGACACAGGCGACGACGGUACAGACGAAGCUGGAGCAGGCCGGACUCUCGCUAUGGGGCACUGUCGACUCUGCCAUGGGAAGUUUUCCUCUCGUAGCCUCCGAAGCAUCUCUGACAGAGUGCCUGGGGAGACCUCAGAAAGACUGUCCCCAGGAGAGCGUGUCUUCAUUAGGGACUUCCAGCGUCUGCUGGGUGUUGCUGUGCACCAGGACCCAACCCUGCCUCAGUUUGUCUGCAAGAACUGCUACACCCAAUUCUAUCAGUGUCACAGCCUUCUCAGGACCUUCUUACAGAGAGUCAAUGUCUCCCCAGCUGGCCAGAGGAAACCUUGUACAAAGGUUGGUGUUCAGCCUCCCACAGUGGCAGAGGAGGGAGCAUGUGUGGCUGACCUGAUCGCCUCCAGCCCUCGGUGUCUGCACGGCUUGGUGGGCUGGGUGCAUGAGCAUGCAGUCAGCUGUGGGUCUCUGCCCAGCCUCCAGAGGACACUGUCCUCUGAGUACUGUGGCAUCAUCCAGGCUGUGUGGGGCUGCGACCAGGGCCACGACUUCACCAUGGACACAGCCUCCAGCUGCAGAGCUCUCUUUUUGGACAGUGCAUUAGCAGUGAAAUGGGCGUGGGGCAAGGAUCUGUCACCACGGCUGGCCCAGAACUCAGAGUCCAACCCCACGGGAGCUGCCUCUCGGCUCUGCCAGGCCAGAGAAACCCAAGUUGGAUCUGAGACCAAGACACUGCCCAGUGUGGAUGUGGCCCUGCUGCACUCACAUGGAGACUCUGUGGGACCUGGGCUAGGCCCCUGUACGCAGCCACACUUGGCUCCCAGUGAGGCCCCAGGGCAACUGGGUGAGACGCAGGUUCCAUCGUCAACCUCGGAUGAUCGGGUAAAAGACGAGUUCAGUGACCUUUCUGAGGGAGACUUCCUGAGCGAAGAUGAGAGUGAUAAGAAACAGACAGCACAGUCCUCGGAUGAGUCCUUUGAGCCUUACCCAGAAAAGAAGGUCUCCGGUAAGAAGAGCGAAGGCAGAGAAGUCAAGAGGCCUGAAGAGCCCAAGAUCAGAAAGAAGCCUGGGCCCAAGCCCGGAUGGAAGAAAAAGCUGCGCUGUGAGAGGGAGGAGCUGCCCACCAUCUACAAGUGUCCUUACCAGGGCUGCACAGCUGUAUACCGUGGCGCUGAUGGCAUGAAGAAGCACAUUAAGGAGCACCAUGAGGAGGUCCGGGAAAGGCCCUGCCCACACCCUGGCUGCAACAAGGUAUUCAUGAUCGACCGAUACCUGCAGCGACAUGUGAAGCUCAUCCACACAGAGGUACGCAAUUACAUCUGUGACGAAUGUGGGCAGACCUUCAAGCAGCGGAAGCACCUUCUUGUCCACCAGAUGCGCCACUCAGGAGCCAAGCCACUGCAGUGUGAGGUCUGUGGGUUCCAGUGCAGGCAGCGAGCGUCCCUCAAGUACCACAUGACCAAGCACAAGGCGGAGACUGAGCUGGACUUCGCCUGCGACCAGUGCGGCCGGCGGUUCGAAAAGGCCCACAACCUCAACGUGCAUAUGUCCAUGGUACAUCCUCUGACCCAGGCCCAGGACAGAGCCCUGCCUCUGGAAGCAGAGCCGCCACCUGGGCCUCUGAGCCCCUCUGGGACCAUGGAGGGUCAGGCUGUGAAGCCGGAGCCUACCUGAGAGACCGCUGGCUGGGCGUGUUGAGCAGCUUGAACUCAGCAGGUGACGUGAGGUUAAGGACACUUUCACUCAGUCCUCACUUCCCUGCCGGUGUAGUUCUGCUUGCUCAUUGGACCCCAGGCUACACCCCACCUCACAGAGCCAGCAGCCAUAUGGUAGAGGGCACCUCUCUUGGGCUGAGGGUGUGUACUUCAACCUGCUGUGGUACCAGCAGUUUUAUUUUCCUAUGGAUACUGAACAAUAAGGCCAGACACAGAUUAUGAAUAAUUAAUUUUUCUUUUCCUAACUAGAGCAAUCAAGGAGAUUGGUAAUCUACUUUCUAGUGUAACAAGAGCUCCAUGUUCUGCUGGCAAUAAAUUAUUUACAAAGGUGCCGGCUGGUGCACUGAGAUCGGUGCAGUCAGAACAGCUGAGGCUCCUGGUAGAGGUCAAAGCUGGGGUCAGCCUGCUGCCUCUGCCAGAGGGCGUUGCUCACCUCAGGGUCACAGUCUCCUCGGCCAGCCAGCAGCUGUGAGAAAAUACAACGCUUAGUGCCUUCAGCCCCAGGCCAGCUUGACAAGCUGUCUGCAGAUGAGGAGCUGGUGGACACUUGAGUUAUGCUGCCUGCCUGAUGGCUCUGUGGUGUGCAGCCACCAUCUCAAGUGUCACAGGGCUGUGGCUUCAUUUGAUCUAAGUUGGGAAAUCAGCUCCGGAGGACACUCUGGGUUUGUUACCUCUGUCAUGUUGGAGAAGCACUGUUUUGGGCACUGAGGUAUUAGCUGCAGCAGAAAAACACGUGCCUUUGUUAUCAGUUGUACAGGGCUGCCCUAGAACGGAGACAGGCAGUCAAGGGUCAGGCACACUGAAGUGGCACUAGCACACCUCACUGCUGCUCCCAGGGAGUGUCUCCCUCGACGACGUGGGGCACUCACUUGGGACUCAGAGUGCCCUUGGAGCCUGGUUUCCCCAUCCACAAAGAGCUGUAGCAGCUUGAGGUACAUGUCAACAGCAACGUGCAGGAAAGCUGCUUCCCUGACAGCGGGCCCUUCACUGAAGCAGGAAAGGAGACUGUGGGGGAGGCAAGACAAUGAAGGACCGGAAGAUGCUGAGAGCUGAGCAGCAGCCCAGCCCAGCGACUAUACACACAUUUGUAGAACAAACUGACAGGCACCUUUCCCCACCCAGUGAGUAAAGGCCUUGGGAAACACUGCCUUUACUCUGACCUCCAGGCCCCAGGAGCUUGGGCUCCCUCCCUCACACUCACUGACUUACCUGUAGAAAGCAAGUGGUAGCAGCCUGGUGUGCUGAUCUGGGGCCAAGUGGAGGAGGUGCCCCAGCUUGGUAUCUGCAAAACCGAGUUCAGUCAGCUCUGUGGGCUCCUGAACCCAGUGUCAAGUGCUGUGGAAACUCGGAGAUGUCCUAUGCCCUGGAAGCUUUCUGUCUAGCUGUGGUGACAGUGAGAGGGUCUUGUGGAUGACACUGAGGGCACCUGUAAGAGCUGCUGGGAAGAGGGGUCUUUUUCCCCUUGGUCUCACACAGAAUAGAGACAGGGAGUUGAACAGGUCCUUCUCCAACUGCUUUCCCUACAGCGUGUCUGCUGGUAGACCUCUGAGUGCCCGGAAUGGACUCUUCUGUUGCUUUAAAAGUGUGUGUGCCCUGAAUUAGUACCCCAAAUAAAGUGUAAGGUUUUAUAAACUCAGUAAAAAGUAAAACCCAUA